AUGGAGCCUUGUGCUGCGCCCGACGUGAUCGUCAUUUGCCGGGGUCCAUCGGUGGUAUGUGCGUGUAUCAUAUUUUCCGAUUUUGCGGUGUUGAAGGCGUUGCGAACGUCUAAGGCUGCAACUCCAAUUGUUGAUCUACCGGGCCUGAAUCCGUACUGUCUUGAGGAAAGUCCGCCACCGCUAGGGAUAGCCGCUUCUAUUCUAGGUUUUAGCAGCCUUUCUAAGAGUUUUCCAGCUGUGUCCAGCAUACAGAGUGUCGAUACGCUGAUGAUAAUGGAGUCGAUGGAAACAUCAGCUUCGGGUAAUGAAUCUGAAACUCCGACGGAUGCACCCUCUUUAAUGGAGACUGAUGAACCCAAUGAGACUCCAGCGUCCGUGGGUGCAUGCGCUGCGAAUGAACCAGCUACCGUUAAUACGGAUGCUAAUAAUGAGAAUACGGCCGGCACUGAACCCCGAGCUUCUCAACCCGAAGAGUCAAAUGAAAAUGGAAACGUUAACGAAAAUACAAACAUAAAUGGACAACCUAGCGACCAGCAUAAUGGUGUUUCAUCAAGCACCGACAUGCCACCGCCGCUUCCGUCUUCAGCUGGUAAUGCACCAACAGGAGAAAACGAAGCACCAACACCAACUACUGCAGCGCCACCCAUAGAUGAGGAAGAUGCCAAAUGGCAUACGGUGGGAAUCUACACUGGACUUAACGCAACGGUAUCAUCGUUCAUAGACAAUACCAUUUGGUCAUCUUCCGGUUUGAAACUGACGUCUAAAAACUUGCCAGAUCUUUCAACAAUUCAACGCGUUUGUCUUGAGCCAGGCACUGCUUACCGUUUCCGCUUGCGCGCCAUAAACACUGUCGGCACCAGUGAUUGGAGUGAGAUAUCA